UCAGACAGAAGGUGGUGCUUCAACAGAGUGGCAGAAAGAGAAGACUCCCAUCACAGCAGGACUGUACUCUGACCUCUCUACAGCAGGAAACUGCUGUGAGGAUCUGAUGUUAACUUCAUGAGGAAUCGGCACAGCUUUAAGGAAACCUGAGUGCACUGAGGAAACCUUGGAAGAAGAAAUCCCUGCUUCAGUUUUAUUCUUCGUCAUUACUGAGAGAUGAUGUUCUGGAUUAUCUUCCCAAUCACGCUAGCUCUGGUGUCUAUCAUUGGAACAUGGAGCGUAUAUGGCCUGGCCUUCACCAACAAUCAUGUGUGCUCCCUUAGUGAUUGGAGUGGUUCCAAUAUCUGCACACUCAAUAUUUCCAAUGGCUGUUGCUUUGUUCCAACCAUAAGCUCAAGUGGAACCAGUGCACCAGAAAACUCCCUUUUUACAGCCACCAUUAAUGCCGGAUCCUUCCUGUUUCUGCUGUUCUCUAUGUUCCACCAUGCUCAUAUUAUGGAGAAACAUGCAUGUCACUUCUUGCUGAGCAAAUCUGCGCUGGUGUUUGGGGUGGUGGCGGCCAUGGGAGCGUUUGCAGCUGGAAACUGUAAUCCAGGUUACCUGUCACUCCUUCACUACUUCGGAGCUGCCAUCAGUUUCAUCUGUAUCUGCUUCUACACGAUCUUACUCACUGCCCUGACCAGGAAGUGUGUCCUGACGGGAUAUGAGGGCGUUCUUUAUCCACUGCGCUUCACCUCCACUGUCAUUCAAAUCAUUGUGACUAUCUGCUAUACUGUGUUGUUUGCCCAGGACGACUACUUUUACAGACACCUGUCUGCCAUGUUUGAGUGGAUGCUGAGCAUCAACCUGGAGCUCUUUGAGCUCAGCUAUACAGUGGAAUUUUCCUUCUUCUCGUCCUUCAUGAUAUCAAAUAUUUUGAGCAAACGGGAGGAAGAGAAGCCUUUAAUCAUGUCAAUGUCCUGAUAUAAGGCUGCCAGGGUCCAGCGUACAUGCACAAGCAGUGAAGAUGGACUGAGUAAGACAUCUGUAACUACAGUGGCUGGACUCUGGCUGAGAGAUUAGUAGCAUUUUGAUCUUUUUGUUGCAGGUAUGUGCAUGUGUGUGUGUCUACUGGGAUGGAUUAAGAUCACCCCCACCCCAGACUUCAUAUUGUAACCUAAAGAUGAUCUUCCAUAAGGGGGGGGAUUUCUGUCUCUUAGAUAAGACUAUAUAUGCAUUUUAUUUAUUGACAAUUUCACUGAAAUGAACAAAACAUAUAACUGAAUUGUACACAGAUACUCUGCCAACAGAACAAUUAACAUAAUGUACUGUAAUGAAACUCUAUUUUUUUCUUCUUUUUGAUGGAUGUAAGGGGCAACAUCCAGUGGACAAGAUUUCUCAACACAGAUAUAAUCCAUGAUCUCCAUGCUCACCGAUGCUGGCAUGCCAUUGUUUCAUUUGUAGUUCUUAGCACAUAAGCAGUUUUAGCACUGCAAUAAAAUCAUGUCCACAUAGUAAUCAGCCCUGUUCUUGUGGCGAUAGAGAGGAUUAAUUCUGAUCUGAAGGGUGGAGGAACCUUCAAAGUUUCAUGACUUCACACCAUCCUGUUUGACUGGAUAAUUAAUACUCAGUGACAUUUGAAGCCAGUUUGAAUUUAUUUUCAAUGAAAACACAGGUGUCAUGUCCUCAACUGGUUUUCAUAAGCUCAGUGGAUGUUGUCAGUCUUGUUCCAGUCCAUGCUCUGUUAAACAUAUUUCACUAUAUCUGUACAUACUGAAGAGAACGUAAUCCGUUUUAACAACUUUAAGAGUCUCAAAACAUAUUUAAAGUUUCUUGAGUUUACGAGAUGAGAAAUAUAACGUGAGAAAAACAACAGAUUUUAAAUCUCAUUAAAUGCUUGUAUCUAUAGACUGCUCUUUGUUUUUCUCAUCAGCUUGAAGCAGGUGGGUGUCAGUCAGGGUUAUGGAAGAGUUAAGUGGAGAUUUUAUUCUUCCUGUCCUUCUGAGAUAAAUUCAGCUGCAGCAGAUUGAGUUUUUAUAACACAAAGCACUAAAUAAAAACUAAGUUUUCUGAAACUAAAACGUGAGAAAUAGCUAUUGAAGUCUACAAGACUUGAAAGUUGCUAUGAAGCACAAUGUGACUAAAUGUACAUUUUGUGCCUUCAACACACACAGCACAUACUAAUUAUCUGUAAUGAUCAUAUAAUGAAAAUUCACACUCAGAGAAAAUCGUGCUGUUUUACGAGCUUAAAUGACAACACGUAGCCAUCUCUGACUGUUUAUUAAACAUAUUCUGGCAAAACAAAUUCAGCUUUUUUCUUGUUUCUCCUUCGACAUACAGAAUGUUGUAGACUGGUUGUCUGUGGGCCAGGAGCUAUUAUAUCCAUGUGUAAUAUACAACCUCAUUCAGCCUCCAUCUGACAUUUUCUGUGGCUGCUCAGGAGACUUACAUAAUAAUGGGAUGGAAUUUUGAAUUACUACCUUAUGAAAGGGUUUGAAAGUUAAUUAUCCUUGUAUUUUUUCCUGUAAAUUAUCUUGAUAAAAUGCUGCAAUCACCACUCUCAAUGGCUGCCAAACAUUUAGACUAGAGUAGUGGACAGUGCAUACCACAAUACUUCAGCCCCCAUUCAUAGUGGAGGUUUUAAGUGUUCCCUUUGCAGGAAAUGCUUCUCCUGAAAAAGAAAAUGUACCUAUGAGUCACACCAAUCAAUUCUCUUUAAGGAAAAGACAAUUUUGAGGAAGAACAAGUUUGCUCCAGGUAGGUUCUGGAAAAGUUGUGAGAACAAAGGUUCACCUAAUUUCUCCAGCCUGCCCUAUUAAUGACGGUUCAGUGUUUAGGAAAAUAGGACAUUAAGCACUGAUUUUGAGUUAUUAUUGAAGUCUGGUUGUGUUUAGCUAAAGUUGUGAUCUGGAUCAAGAUUAGCCCACUGCAGAAAUCCUGGAAAUUAGAAAAGGUUCACCACACACUGUCUUGCAAUUUUAGUUAUUUAGCAGCCGAAGGUCCACAUCUCUUUCCCAGGAGUUAGCGGACUUAAAACUGAGCUAAAACCUGAAAAAUGAAUGCUGCUCUGACUUCAGCAUUUAGAAAUCGGCAUCUGCUAAUGAGCUCAACAUACAGAGUAUAAAGGCAUCAGUGGAAUGCCGUAAAUGUCAUUUGCCCCUAAGUGCUAAAAAAUUACUGCAGGUUAAAAUCGUAUGACAUAAUUCAGCACCACUUUCCACAAAAGUGACAACAUGGCUCCAGUUUUAAUGCAAAGCACUUAACCUUUACUUGAAAGAAGGUAAUAUACAUCCUGGAAUUACAGAUAAUAAA